AAAAUGCUGGUGACAAAAGCCUAGCAGCAGGCGAGGGAGAGAGGGAGGGAGGCAGAGCGCAUGAGGCUGGCAAGGGAGGCGCAUGGGCAGGGGUUAGGAAGGAAGGAAGGAAGGAAGGAAGAGUGCUCUCGCUGCCCAGAGCUAAAGUCCUGAUGUUGGUGCAACUCAAGGCCGCCCUCCAAAAGGCCAGGAAGAUGUCCGAAGGCCAUUCGCCCAAACUGGAGGCCAACGUCUUGGUCAUCGGAGCCAGGAAAGUGGGCAAGUCGGCUCUGACGGUCCGCUUUCUGACCCGAAGGUUUAUCGGCGAAUAUGGGGAUAUUGAAUCCAUUUACACUCACAAAGUGACGAUGGAUGGACAGGAGGCUUGCUUCAGCAUUUGGGACUCGGUUUGUCCUCAGAUGGCCAGCCUUUGGGGCUGUGUGGCUGAGAAGCAGCUCUGUUGGGCCGACGGCUUCGUCGUGGUCUACAGCAUCUGCGACCGCGCCAGCUUCUAUUUUGCCGGCCAACAGCUCCAGCGCAUCCAGCGGCUGAAGAGGAAGGCUGGGGCUGGGAAGAUGCCCGUGAUCCUGGUGGGCAACAAGCGGGACUUGCAGCACCGGCGCGCCGUCUCCAGUGAGGAAGGCCGCCUCCUGGCUCUUUCCGCCGAGGCCGGCUUCUUUGAGAUCUCGGCCGCUGAGACCUACCACGGGGCCUUGGCGGUCUUCCACGAACUCCUGGACAUGGUCAGGGAUGGCCGGAGCGCCACCAAGAAGGCCUCCGUGGGCAUCCGGGGUCUGGUCCGAAGUAUGUCGGCCGUCUUUGGGAGGCGGAGGACGGAAUGAGGGCAACCGGAGAGGAGAAAGUUCGGAGUAAAGGAAGGAGCGAAAUGGCGGCACUGUUGAUGGCGAUGGACCAUACGUUGAAUGUAGGUUCCUCCUUAAGGACCCUGAGAUGGAGUGGCCACAGAAGGAAAGUGUGCAGAGACUGGACAUGGAGCUAUGGGGAACUACAAUUCCCAUUCACCUGCCACAGAGCUGUAAAUGCAUCUCUGGACAUUGAGAAACUUGUUGUCAAGGCAUAGGGUCUGAAACCAGGCUUGAGAACAUGGGGGUAAAAAAGGAUAAAGAGGGUUCUUUGGAGACUGUACAGGGUUCAAAGGUGCCACUUUGGGAUGGCAUCCCAGGCCCUGAGGUUUCUGGACCAAAACCUGAGAUCUAGGUGAUGUCUCGAUUUUGGGAGCAAAGCAGGAUAUAAAUAAUGUAAUGAUAUUGAUGAUGAUGAUGUCUUUAACUGUUGUGCAUGAAGUCCCAACCACAGUUGCUUGAAGUUUGUCCUUCCAAGACACACACACUGCACAAAACGUAUUUUUCCUGUUUGGAAAUUUGGACAGGAGUCUUAACUAAAGGAGUGUAUUCCUAGAUCAAGGUGGGAUGAAAUGCUUUUAUCCCUUCUCACGCACUUUGGGAGACGAAAUAAGGAGCAUUUCAUCUUGGCUAUAGCCAGGAGUUGGAUGCAAAGCAGAGCGGAGGGUGAGCCCUGGCUUUGCAAAUGGAGAGGCUGAGUAGUAAAUCCAUAGACCUUUGGAAAUUACAGCAACAAAUCGAUGAAGCCUUGCAAACCGUAGCAAGCUUCUGUUCCGCAAACUGAGGUGAAGAUUUGCACAUAGAUGUUUCUCAAUGCGGAAACCACCCAAAGCGAAGGAUUUGCACCCGCAUCUCCCACUUGGAGACGGAGAGCAAAAACUGGAGACGCAAAGCCAGGUCUGCAGAGUAACCAUAAGCAACCGUGUCUUUGUCCAACACAAAGAGAUAGGCUUUCCGAAAGUUGAUUUCCGCCUCCGUGAAACGGCGUGAAUCUGCUCUUAGCAUCCCUCCUUCGCGGGUAAUUACGCUCUUCGUAAUUUGGAAGGAGCAAGAGCCAUUAUGCCACAUUUCUCACUCGGCGGGAGCCAGAGAAACGGUGCGCUUGGUGGGAAGGGAAAUGACAGGCCUCGCUUGUCAAUUGAGGGCAGGAACCCCAGGGAACCAAACAGCGUGUGACCGUACAAUCCAUGCGUAUGGCUUUCUCUUUAAUUGAGUGCGCAGAGGCGGUGGCGCAGGUGGAGGAUUUGGGCUUCUUAUGCACAGCGCAAGCUCAAAGCCGCCGGGAAGGGUUCUGGUCGCUGUUGCAAUGCUGCAAGAUUUCACUUUGAAAAGAGGCAUGGGAAGUGCAUCAAUAGCCGAUAUGGCAACCAUUCACAAUCUCCAAGGAAGUGUGUGUGUGUGCGGCUUAGCACACUGUUUUUUAGGGGCCAUAAGUGGCCCAGUACACUCUUUUUGUGGGUCAUAAGUGGACUAGCACACUGUUUUUAUGGCCCAUAAGUGGACUAGCAUACUGGUCUUCUGGGCCAUAAGUGGCCCAGUACACCUUUCUUAUGGGUCAUAGGUGGGCUAGCGCACUCUUUUUGGGAGGCCGUAAAUGGCCCAACACAUGUUUUGUGAACCAUGAGUAGCCUAGCUUUUUGGACCAUGAGUAGACUUUUUUUGUGGGCCAUAAAUGGCUUAGCACACUGAUCUUGUGGACCAUGGGUGGACUAGCAUACUGGUUUUUGUGGGCCAUAAGUGGCCCAGUAACUCUUCUUGUGGGCCAUAAGUGGACCCGUGCACUGUUUUCUGGGGCAUAAGUGGACUGGCGCACUGAUUUUUGUGGGCCAUAAGUGGCCCACCAUGUUGUACAUGACCCAUCACACUUUGUAUAGCUCAUAAGUGGUUUCCUCCAUUGCUUUAUGGUAUGCAGGACUAUACAUACACCCUCACACAGGAACACAAAGAGCAUGUACACACAUACACACAUACACAUGCAUUUUCUUGCAACCCUGAACCAAAGCGCGAAGGGAGGCCACGCUGCGACCUUUUUGUUUCAACGGAUGAGAAAUAAUUGAUCCCAGUUUACACUCAAAUCUUUCCAUUCUUGAACUGCUCUUACGGAAAGGAGCUCAGGCAAAGAGAUAUUCUUUGGCAAGGGAUAAAAC